AUGAGAUUCCUUCUACUCAUUUCUCUGAUUGUUCUUAUGAGUUCGACAACGGCGUUCACUGAUAAUUUCUUCCAACCACAUGACAACAAACAUCAUGUCUAUCGUACAUGUGGUGAAUCUCUUAACCGUCGAGUUGCCUUUUUGUGUAACGGAGGAAAGAUCCAAACAGAAGUUUUGAAGGCUCUCGACUGCUGUUCUCAUGGAUGUACGGAUAAGCAACUGUUCUCGUGGUGUGACUAUCGUAAGUAUAUUUAUUAG